UUGGGAGCCUCGAACUUCCCAAGGUGUAGCCAAUUUAUCUGAAGUCUAUUUUCUACCAUUUAUCUCAUUUUGCUAUUUUUACGUGUUCAUAAAUUUUCCUUUCCGGUGUUCUUCCAUCUACUCUUCCAUUGAGGAUUCUUACAAUUAGUAUCUAGAGCCACCGAUUCUUCAUGGGUCUGGUACGGUUAAAUAAGGAGCAAUUGUUGUUGUUGGAAAAGAUUUUGGAGAAAUUAGAGCAUAUGACAGAAAGACUCGACGAAAUGCAACAAAACUGGAAGCGGAUGCAGGAAUCUUGGGUGCAAUGGCAAGACGAGGAAGAAUAAGAAGAAAACACAGUAGAGGUGGAAGAAAUACAAAAAUCGGUAAUGCAAGAAGAAAAUGAAGAGACAGUAGCAAUUUCCACGGAAAAUUGCUUGGUCUGGGAAGACCAAGCUGUGGUGGAGGGAGUAGAAAAGGCAACUACGAAAUUUGUGGCAAUGUUCACGGAAGUCGUUCUCAAAGAGAUCCCCAAAGAAAUGACCCCAUCCGUCCGUAGAAAUUCAAACCCAAUGAUUAGGGUUAUGGUCAUUCUCUACAAUUCACGGCCUUCACCACAAAGAACCAGCCAACUUAGGUACUGCAAAAACCUAGAAGAUAGCUCAACCACAUCUCGACUCUCUCGUUUUAGGGGACCUAAGAUAGAUCCAGGGAAGGGAACACGACUCGUAUGGCAUCCUCCUUGGCCAAAAGGCAACACUCAGUCUCUGUUUGUGUGUCGGCUUGGGAGAAUUUGGGUUUGUUUGGCCAUGGAUGACCCCAAAAAAUCCCAAACCCUAGCCGCAAUGCAACAGUAUUGGGUGGAGUCGUUGGUGGCUGUACAAUAGCAAACCCACAGGGAAACGACGCCGUUACAUGAGGAAUUUCCAGAUUCCUCCGUUCUUGCUUUCAAUUUUUGCAAGGGUGAGAAACAGAG